AUGUAUAUGUGUGUAUCACAUGUUCCCAUCAACCAAGUUUUGGUAGACACAGAGGAUAAGAAAGAGACUGAGGAUGACUCGUGUAACCUAAGAAGCUCAAUCACUUCGAUGAAACUGAAAGACAACACAAAACCCCUGUUCAAUAGUCUGGGAUGUGAGCCCAAGUCGACGGAGCAAAGGAAAGAACACAACCGUGUCGCUUCUAGGCGGUGCCGCCAACGAAGACGGGAGAAGGAGAAUGUCAUGAGAGAGCAGAUAGAGAUUCUGAUGCAGCAGAUGAAGUCUGUGCAAAACGAAAACAAUGCGCUGCGUGCCUACAUAAAGACACUUAGUGCCAAUGAUCCGCUUGCGGUCUCGGGUAUUCCGGUGACACCCGAGAUACUGCAGCGCUCAGCAGCUGCAGCCUCCGCCAAGAAAAACGCGGCAAAUAUGCCAGCCACCAAUCUGAACGUCGCAAAUGCACCUGGCCUGAAAGGUACGGGGGCGGGAGUUUCGAUUUUGCCACAACAACCACCGCAAGCUCCAACACAAGCACAAGCGCAGGCACAGGCACAGGCACAGGCACGACCACUCACAUACAUACACGGUCGACAGGAGUACAACAUGAUGUGUGGACCACGAGUACCCUAUAUGCAGCAACAGGCGAACCUCUCACCCAUGCACACACGUGCACAGUCGAAUAUGUCAGUAUUCAGUAAUAACACUCUGGGCGCCUCAAUAUCGAUGGAUAUGCUCGAUACAACGGGCAACCUGGGCGACAUUGACAACCUUCACGACAUGGGGGCUAUACAAUACGGCGGGGGACUACAUCACCAUAUCAACAACAUAUGGGGGCAAAUGCCAAUAGGAAACGGCCCCCUACCCUCUACUGUCAUACACGGCAACCAUCACCAUCAUCUGCUGGAUUUGCGACUCAUGUGUGACGUAGGCGGCGAACAUAGUUUGUUUCAACAGCCCGGGUUGUACCAACAUCACGCGGGUUUGAUGAUGCAGCAUCAGGGCCAGGUCCCAGGAGUAGACAGCCAUUGUGCUGGAGGAAGCGCACAGCUCAUGCAACCAACCGGUAGCGAUGGUAGUGGAAUGUUGUCGCACCACAGCUCCAGUGGUGCACUCAAUUUGCUGGGUAUGCAACAGCCCCAACAGCAACACCAGCAGCAGCAGCAACAACAACAACAGCAACAGCAGCCGCCACAGCUAGGGCUGGGUGGGGGUGACAGUAUGAGUGAUAUGAAUACAAAUGGCGGGGCUACUGGUAUGCUGAACAGAGUGCUUUCGGGAAGCAAUACUCAGGGAGUGCCGCCUACACCCGUACACACGCCUACUGUCUUCGGAUUCGCACCACUGGAUAUGAAUUCACAGAUGAAGCAAUCUACAUCGCAGGGCAGCAGUUUGGGAUCGGACUCAAACACUCAGUUGACAGCCAAUCACCCGCUGUCUGUAAACGAUAAUAGCACUCCCAUCCCGUUAUAGAUGCCAUUAUAUUAUACUGGACCGUUAGAUAUUAGGAUUAUACAUCUCGUAGAAUGUGGGACCACGCGGGCCAGCGGUAUGGAUAAAUUAAUACGAAACUACUCGAUAGAGCAAACAAAUUUACAGGCAUGAUGAGUACAUAUAUAAAAUAUUGAAUCG